AUGACGAAAACAAUGGUAUCCUGCUCGCCACCGUCCACUACCGGUACGAGUACGUGCACCACUGGAUGUAGCAGUGCGCCGCUGGCCAUUUGCAGAGGACCAGCUCAGCUUCUCUGGAUUCGGGGUGAUUCUCACGGAAAGCUCAGGAAAGUUGGAGACGAUUCUACGGGUGCAAUCAGUCUACCACUACCUGUGUUUCUAAGCAUAAAAGAACGCAAGAACGUUGCCAAUGCACGGUGUCCGCCUGGCAGCACGCAUUGCCUUCAGAUCAAAGCGGAUAUCACGACCCCAGCCAGGUUUGAACCCAUAGAACUUCACAACCUCAUCGGUGUCAAGUUCUGGCACAAGCGCAAACAGGCAAGCCGCCAGUGCGUUGGCUCUGUUCAAGCAGAUCUACCGUCGUUCAAACUGACCUUACACGACAGACAGGGUGGAUAUAAUCCGUCCUGUGAACUCGCCUUCUCCUCCUACAGACAGUGCCAGAAGUGGAGAACAUCACUCACCGCAUGCAUUAUUCCAAGUGAACAGCGGCCACCAGUCCCUGCACAGUCAACAAGUGAUUGGACGCUGACAACAGAUAGCCGGCAAGUGGGUGGGUGCAUGCCGUGGGCUGGUUGUCGGCCAUAUGCACUUCCUCGUCCACUCAUCACCAUCAAGCAGUUCUUUGGUUAUUAUGUUGAGCCGGACAGCGAUCCGUAUCAGCAGCAGAAGUUGAGAUAUGACAAGAGACAGAUGGUCAUGCGAUCAAGACAGAAAGGCUAUGUGGAAAUUCUUGAAAUGGGGGAUGAUGGCGUAUUGAUCAAAGAAGCCGAAAGCACCACGGAAGAUGUGGUCGUGGCAGGUGCGUCUUCUCCCCCUUCAAAACAGACCAGACCCAGCCUUCUGAGUAAAGUUCGCCGUCGGCUGCAUCUCAAUGCUCGCCUAAAAGCAUUCACGCAAUCACAACGCGUAGUGCAGAAUCAAUCACAAGACCAACAACAGCAUCGGCAACAACAUGAGAAUGCUGCAAGCCUUGGGUCAAGGACGGACAAAGUUGGAACAUCUGCUGAUGAUGAUCUUGUUCUCUCUAGACAAGACAGUGGUAUACUGGAAGAUAGUCGGAGUCACAACAGUGGGGAAAAGGAAGUUGUGGAAGACUAUGCAGAUCACGGUGAAGAUGAAGAUAAUAGCCAACCCAAAACAAGCAAUGACCUUGAAUGCAAGUCACGUACUGGCACGAAUGGAGCUAAUCAACCAAAUGAUGGAACAAAGCUACCAAGGAAGCAAGAUAUUGCGUCGUUGUUUGCAAACAUGAAGCGGAUCGACAUGGAUGAGGUAUAUGGCAACACAGCAAGAUGUGGACAUGUGGUAUGAGAAGCAAACUCCAUGCAUCACAGUAGGGUACAAUACCACAGGUACCUACUAGAAGUCACCACUCAACACACAUACAGCACAAGUUCUGGGACCAGUGCUGAAGUAAGCCUUGGAUUUUCCCGACCGUACCACCCUGCACGGUGCAUCCAACCGGCUAGAGAGUGAACAUGGCAUCAAACCUUUCGUGGACAGUUCUUACUUUCCCCUACCACCCCAGUGUGCCAACUAAGCCUUGUCAACACGACUGAUGAUGUUGGCAAGCUGAUUAAAACUUCACUAGUUAUGCAUGGUAUCUUUUCACUGUGCACUCCAGUACAAUGCUGCAACACUAGUUUGAGCUGGGUGAAAGGGUGAGCUUGCCAUGCCACUCUGUGUGUGCCGAGCAUUGAGUUUCGGAUCGGUGUAACAAGUUAGUACCUUCCUCAUCAACAUUUCAGUCAGACAAGAUUGAAAACAAAUCAUGCCUCUGAGCAACAUCUACUCAAAGUACCUGCCUGAAAUGAAAGGUGUGACUUUGACCACCUAUACCAAUAUGAUGCCAUUGCUUCGCAUUCAAAUCUUCAACGCUGUCUGGACGCUAAUCAAUGGUGACUGAUGCACUUGACAAAAUACCAUAAUUAUAGUGGCCUACUCACCUGUAUAAAACUCUCAGUCGGCUGCUCCUAUAAUUCUCAUGCACACUUCCAUUUAGAUUUUAAUGAUCGGAUCUGUUGUUUUGUUUUCUUGGAGGGAUUUUUGCAAAAAUUGUUGGAUAUGCUCUUCAUAUUUGUGCAGCUGCACUGUUGAGCUUCCGAUGUAAAACAAAUAAUAAUAAUAAUAAUGCUCGAACUAUAACAAUGGACGCUUUCGAUUACACAGUCUGGACCCAGGUUUUAUAAUUCUUGAAUGAACACAAUGAACGGAUUGCGGCCAUGUGAACGAACGGCUACUCGUAAGAAUCAUAAAAGGGGAUCACGUGGGAUCCCGUACACCCUCGCGCACACGUGGACCUAGCAUGGCGUGUACAUUGAGUGCAUCAAUUCUGGCGGGAGGAUUCCGCCCUCUCUCCAGAAUUGACGGAAUUGGAUUCCGUCGAUUCUGAAGACGGAGUUUGUGUAAUCGAACGGUGCAUCCACCAUAACUAAUUCUAGAAUUUACCGAAAUGUGUGUAAUGGAACGCGCCCAAUGAAGAGUAUUGCUGUUUUGCAAAUAUUGUAGUGAGAUACUUUGUGCAAGUCAUGCUCGUGUGUUGUUGGUGCAUGGAUGCGUGGUGCUGUGGUUUUGGGCGUUAGUCUUCAAUGUGAGUUGAUCAUGUCCAGUGUUUUCAU